GCCUGUCCCAGUCGCAGUCGUCGCCGUCUCGUCAGCUGACGGCGCUCAACCGCAGCCUCUCCUCGGGCGCGGCCUCCCCCACCCACCAGGCGCCCGCCAUCCCCGUCAAGAACUCGUCGCCCUCCGGGUUGCCCUCGCCCACCACGAUGAUGUCCCCGGUCCUCUACAGCACGGCGGCGCUGAAGAGGCCCUCCAGGAUCGACCAGCUGCAGGGCGAGUGGCGCCAGAUGGGCACGGACGCCCUGACGACCACGCUGUCGGCGCUGUACGGCAAGCUGCUGGUCGUCAUGGGCAUCGCCUUCCCCAUGGCGGAGGUCAUCUCCACCUACAUACCGCCAUCCUUCUACGAGGGCUUUUACCUGUACCUGUACUUCGGCAGCAUGGUCUUCCUCAUCUACAUGUACGCGAUGCUGCUGCGAGAGAGGGCGUCCCAGAAACGCGUUGGAUAUGCUAACGGGAAAGCUAUGAGGUGAACGCAGAGCUCGGUGUCUGUGGACUCUGGGUCGGAGGAGAGCGGCGACACGCGCCAGCACACGGACACCGAGCUGAGCACGGCGGCCGGCAGCCAGGGCCGCGGCCGCUCCGCCACGCCGCUGCGCCAGCAGGCCACGCACCUGCCGCAGCACCACUACGGUUCCUUCUACCUGCGCAUGGGCGCCGUCGCGUUCGGCAUCGGCAGCAUGAUCUACUCGGGGCUGGAGUUCGGCCAGUACUUCGAGCUGGAGCGCAACACCAAGUGCCAUAACGUGCUGCUGGCGCUGACCCCGGCGACGCGGAUGGCCUUCAUCUUCAUCCAGAUGUACUUCAUAUUCCUCAACAACGAGCAGAUGAAGGUGUACAAGCACCGCGCCCUCGCCCGCUUCGGCCUGAUGCACAUGAUCGGCACCAACCUCUCCGUCUGGCUCAACGUGCUCAUCCAGGAGACCAAGCACGAGAUCCUCACCUUCUACAGCCCCGAGAACAAGACGCUCGGCAUCCAGCACCGCCUGCUGAAGCUGGCGGCGGUGACGUCGGGCGGCGGGGUGCUGUCCGGGCACGGCGCGGAGGCGGCGGGGGCGCACCACCGCGUCGCGCGCGGCCUCAAGGGCCCGCACCACAUCUACGAGUGCCGGCGCACCAACAUCAUGGGCUCGCUGGUCCAGGACGCCUCGCCCUUCCUCUUCCCCUGCACCAUCGAGUACAGCCUCAUCUGCGCCGCCAUCCUCUACGUCAUGUGGAAGAACAUCAGCCGCCUGCAGACAACUGCUUUUCAGCCGCCGGGCGCCGGGCUGGCGCACCAGGCGUACAAGCGGCCGCCCCACCACUACUCGGUGGACUGCGCGCGCGCCCACAAGGGGCUCUUCGUCGGCAUCCUGGUGCUGGUGCUCACCAUCAUCUCGCUCAUCCUCUUCUUCGUGCUCAUCUCCAAGCCCGAGUUCGUCGGCCUCGCCGUCAUGGAGGUCAACAUCUGCGAGCUCACGCUCUACACCACCACCACCGUCGCCACGCUCGUUGGCAUGGUCCAAGUUCGCCAACUGAAGUACGACGGCUGUCGCAACCUGGAGCUGGACAACAUCCUGCUGGUGGGGGCGCAGACCGGCAUGUUCAUCUACAGCACGUUCACCAUCAUCGGUGGCCACUUCACCAUCGAGAAGAACACGGUGCUGGUGCUCAUCACGGCGCUGGCGUCGCUGGUGCAGACGACGUGCCAGACCAUGUUCGUGCUGGACGCAUCACGGCGCUCGUGCGCCACGCCGGACCAGAUCCGGCGCAAGCCGGGCCGCGAGCUGGUCACCUUCCUGCUGGUCACCAACCUCGCCAUGUGGGCCAUCAACACGCUGGAGAAGUCGCGCGCCGAGUCGCACCCCAUCCAGCUGCACUUCUAUGGGCUCUGGGCGUGGACCAUCAUCACGCACGUCUCCAUGCCGCUCGCCAUCUUCUACCGCUUCCACUCGACCGUCUGCCUCUGCGAGAUCUGGAAGCGCGCAUACAAGAUGAAGCCCACCUACAUGUAACCACUCCUCCGGCGUCACUUCCUCGCGCAACAGGCUGCCGCCAUCUUCACUUCUCACGCGAGGGUGUCGCGGCGCGUGUGACGCUCCUCGGGGACCGAUUAGGUGUAGGCCUGUAUCUCGUUGGGAUGUCACUGCAGCCCCCCUAACAGUAUUGUGGGAAUACGUGUGUUCUGCUGGACAGUAUCAGCAUUCAUUGCCAGGCCCAUAACGACUAUAAGUAACUAGUCCCAGUGAAGAAUUCGGCUGCUCUAAAGCAUCUUCCAUAUGGCAAAACUAACAUCGGAGUGCAAUACUGGUACACUCACUUGGCGUACUGCUAGCCACUCCCGCUUUGGCAGCAACUGUAUCAGUAGAGAGAGAGACAGCGCAUCUUGAUUAUAAUACGGGCCUUACAGGAAUUUUCAGGCGUAACUUUUUCUCCACGUCGAGUGGUAAUGUAUACAAACCUAGCGGAUAAACAAUAGAUCUGCCACGGUUUUUACCUGUCUACGGGGAACGUAAAGCAACUGAGGACUUUUUUAGCUUCUCGGCAACAGCCGCAGAGGGCUACGGCCUCAUACGCUACAGCAUGAGUUUUGGACGGAUUUAUGCGACAUUUUUCUCUUACCUUACAAGCAUAUUACCUCAUAUCUGCAAGUAUUCAGUGGGAACAACAGAAAAUUAUAAUUUUUCAUACAACCAUUUUGAAAUAUUUUUCGUAGUGACUUGUAACAUCAUCUUCGUUUUAGACCGUUUUUCAUUCGGGUGCUGUUCAGAUGUAGCGAACAGUCAUCGUGGAGUACGUUAAUUAUUUUUGACAUAUUUACGUACUUUAAGGUACU